UAAAUAACAGAAGAAGACCAGGAUCACGGUUAUGUUGUAUACACAAUAGAUCUAUUUAUUUAUUAAACAGCUUGUGGAUUUACACACGGAUUUUGUGCACUGUAGGAGCCAAACAUAAGUUCACAAAAAUGUCUAAAAUCGAGCGUCUGAGUGCCAGAGUGGAGAAGCUUCUGUCUAAAGCAGUCCUGGAGGUUUUGGAGGUCGUGAAAGAGACGGUGUUUGAGUAUCAGGAAAAAACUGCCAGAACUCAAAGAGAAAACCAGAGUCUGAAGAGGAGACUGCAUGAGCUCCAGGACAAGUUAAAACUGUGCAAUGACGAAAUUGUGCCACACAUGUCCCCCACAUCCCUGCAAGCCGAGCCAGAGCUGCAGCAGAAGCAGGACGAGCUAGAAGAGGACAUUGAACUCAUCUCUUCUAAUGAGGAUGUAGAUGUAAUCUGUGCUUCAGAUCCUUAUGAAGACCUCGAAUGUGAAGAAACCUUCACCUCACUGGCUGCAUCCUGUCUCACCCCUAAAGCUGCAACAGGAGUACAUGACGGAAACAUCAUAGGCAACUUCAAAUCUCACAAAGCAGACAUGAAUAAAGCACUAGUUUCAAAUUAUGCAGACUCUAUCGCAGUAAAAAUCUCCAAAAGUGAUUCUGAUUUGCUCUUUACGUCAAAUAAAAUGAAAGUAGAACCUACAUCGGAUGAAGAUGCCAUGAACACAACUACCUAUUUUUACGAUGAUGCUACGACAAGCACUACAUCUAUGAGCAGACUGAACCCAGACUCUCCUCAGGCCAGUGAAGGACUCUACAGCGAACCAGGAGCUAUGUUCAGUCCAGACCACAAUGGCAUGGAGGAACCACCGGUGGAUGUGAUGGAUCCUGUGGCAAUGUCUCAUAGAUUCAAUAACAACAACAGCAGUUACGGAGAGUCAGGAAAUCGACACAUGCCUCAAACAAAUACUAAAACCAGUAGUUUAGGUUCACGGGCGAUGGAGAGGAAAGUCAGAAAGCACUACUGCUGUUCGCUCUGUGGUCGCACCUUCAGACACGCAGGCGACUACAAGAAACACAACAGGGUUCACACGGGGGAGAAGCCGUACUGCUGCUCAGUGUGUGGGAAGCGCUUCAGUCAGUCGGGAUACCUGACGGUGCAUCUGCGUUACCACACCGGAGAGAAGCCGUUUGGAUGCAGCCACUGUGGCAAAAGUUUCAGUCACUCAAGUAACAUGAAGAAACACGAGCAAACCCACCAGUGAGUCUUUCUAUUCUUGCUGUCUCAUUAAUAUUACGAGAAGGACACUGUAAGGACCUGCAUUUUUGUGGACUUCACAUGAGCAAAUUAAAGUAAAUGUGCCUUCUCUAAUCGGACUCAACUGAGGACAACCUGGCGACUGAAAUCUCAAAGGAAGCACAAUCUGAGAAUUACUACUCAUCCUGCCUUACUGUUCUUUGUCAGAUGUUGAUAUCUGUGUGUUACUCACCCUGGGCUUGAUGUGAAUCUGCACAUAUUUCCAACUGAAAAUAAAUGUGUUUGGUACUUAUACACA